AUGACUAUAGGAAUUCCCUCACUCCUUGGGACCGCUUUCGCUGGUCUCUUCGGGCUAUUGGUACUAGCAUCGGUUUAUCGGCGAACUCUUGUUCCAGGGUCAGCUAGCAACAGAACCAUCCUGGGAAGGCCGCUGUUAUUCUCUGUACGGUUGACUCACAAUCGACUCGCUCCUAUUAAGAAUCGAUUCAGCCAUCAAGUACUGUUAGUCGGUGUGCCCGUGGGGCUCAGCUGUCGGAUCGGCAAAUUGUUAACAAUUGACGCCGAUGCAGAUGGCAGUUCCUCCACCGACGGACCCUGUUCCCAAAAAUGGAUUGACAGAAUUCUUCACGUGAUUCCAAGUUGGUUGACCUUUGAUUCUGAGCGCUAUCUGCAUCGCGGCGAUGAGAACAUGGGUCUUCAGGCGAAAUUGGAUAAAUUCCUGCGGGCCCAGGGCGAAGAUCCCCGUCAAUGGCCGUAUGCAUACCUCCUCAGCCUUCCAAGGUUCCUCUGGUGGGAUCGAAGCGUGGUCUCGUGGUGGUACCUUUACUCUCCAACCCGCGAGCUGGAUGCCGUGAUCAUGGAGAUCAACAACUCCUUUGACGAGAAACGAAAUAUCCUAUUCCGAGUCAGAUACUCGGGAACAUGCAUAGAAUCAAAACCCGCCAGUAAUACCACCAUGUCUACUGAAGCCAUGCACUUGGACCAGUGGCAAACCAUUCAAGCUCUGGCCCCCCUCACAGAGUCAAAGGUAUACAGGGGCACGUGGAAGAAACACAUUUUCGCCUCGCCCUUCGAAAAAGUUGAAGGGUCCAUCUUGACUCAGUUCCUGGACCCCCUUAACUCUGCAUCCUGGUCCGAGAAGAGGUCAAUGGGCCUGACGACCAGCGUGAGCCCGACAGGCCAGCCGAAGAUGAUAACGCGCCUUUCCUGCGACGAAGCCCCGCUCGACCCAACCCAAGCCACUCCAUGGCAAAUAGCCAGCUUGCUUGUCCGUUGGACGAUGCCAGUGACGCUUACGACUCCGAGAAUCAUCUAUCAGGCGCUACGCCUGCACCUCUCCGGGAAGUUGUUGAUGAGGUCGCGGCAAGCUAUUCGACCGGGGAGCGAGUCGCGGCGUGCCACCGGGGGAGAGAGGUACGUUGCCCCACCGUCCAUUGUUCCUGAAUAUUUCUCUCCAAUUUCUCACUAUAUAUCUAGGGUCCUAGAGUGGUUCUUUCGCCAGUACCUGAUUGAAUGUGUUGCUACCUACCCCAAGCCACUCGAGGUGGUGUAC